AUGCUUUCCCGAUCAUUGUGGGCGCGCCAGGUUGCGCCGCUCAGGCGCCAGGUCGUUGCUGCACCUUUCGCAGCUCGUCGUUCAGUGACCACCGACGCCGCCUCAGCGCAUGCUGAGAACAUUCCUCAGGAAGAUGAUAAGCCCUUCACAGUCAGACUCUCCGACGAGAGCUUCGAGACCUACGAGCUUGACCCACCUCCUUACACUCUGGAGACCACCAAGAAGGAGCUGAAGCAGAUGUACUAUGACAUGGUUGCCAUCCGACGAAUGGAAAUGGCCGCCGAUCGUUUGUAUAAAGAAAAGAAGAUCCGUGGUUUCUGUCACUUGUCCGUCGGUCAAGAAGCCGUCGCCGUCGGUAUCGAACACGCCAUCACCCCCCAGGACAAACUCAUCACUGCCUACCGUUGCCACGGUUUCGCCCUGAUGCGCGGUGGUACCGUCAAAUCCAUCAUUGGCGAAUUGUUGGGUCGCCGUGAAGGUAUCGCCUACGGAAAGGGUGGUUCCAUGCACAUGUUUGCUCCUAACUUCUACGGUGGAAACGGUAUUGUCGGUGCCCAGGUGCCCGUCGGUGCUGGUUUGGCGUUCGCUCAGCAGUACAAUGGCGAGAAGACUUGCUCUAUUGCGCUUUAUGGUGAUGGUGCUUCUAACCAGGGUCAAGUCUUCGAGGCUUACAACAUGGCUAAGCUCUGGAACUUGCCUGUUCUUUUUGGCUGUGAAAACAACAAAUACGGAAUGGGUACCUCCGCCGCUCGUUCUUCCGCCCUAACCGACUACUACAAGCGCGGACAAUACAUCCCCGGUAUCAAGGUCAACGGUAUGGACGUCCUCGCCAUCAAGGCCGCCGUUCAGUAUGGCCGUGAAUACGCCACCUCCGGCAAGGGCCCCUUGGUCUACGAGUAUGUCACCUACCGUUACGGAGGACACUCCAUGUCCGACCCCGGUACCACCUACCGUAGCCGUGAAGAAAUCCAGCGUAUGCGCAGCACCCACGACGCCAUUGCCGGUCUCAAGCAGAAAUUGCUCGACUGGUCCGUCGUCACUGAGGAGGAGCUCAAGGCCAUUGACAAGGAGGCCCGUGCCUUCAUUGAUGAGGAGGUUGCUGUUGCUGAGCAGAUGGCUCCCCCCGAGCCUACCACCCGCAACUUGUAUGAGGAUAUUUUCGUUCGUGGAAGUGAGCCUCUUUGGAUGAGGGGUCGUACCAUUGACGAGACUUACUACUACUAA